AUGGUAACAGGCGGGACCCGAGGCAUCGGAGCCGCGAUGGCCAUUGCACUGGCUGAAGCUGGUGCGGACGUUAUAUUGAUCCAGCGGGAUGAAAGUAACUUGGGUACUAAGCAAAAGAUUGAAGCCAUGGGAAGAAAAGCAUGGAUCUACACAUGCGACCUAGCAUCGGAUCAGGAUGUAUCCGAGUUGACUGCGAGGGUGCUGAGGGAUGGCCAUGAUGUUAGCAUUUUGGUGACGUGUGCCGGUAUUCAGAGACGGCAUCCAAGCCAUAAGUUUCCCAAGGAGGAUUGGGAUGAGGUCCUGCAGGUCAACCUGUCCACAGUGUUUACCCUAUGCCGGGAUGUCGGCGCACAUAUGCUCACUCGGACCCCUGAUGCGAUGGGGCAUCGCGGAAGCAUUAUCAACAUUGCCAGCCUAGUCUCUUUCCAGGGCGGGUUGACUGUGCCAGCUUAUGCGGCGGCUAAGGGUGGAGUAUCCCAGUUAACCAAAGCCUUAUCUAAUGAGUGGGCCUCCCAGGGCGUCAAUGUGAAUGCUAUUGCGCCUGGGUACGUCGUCACGGACAUGAAUGAGGCAUUAAUCAAUGAUAAGGAUCGGGCGGCCAGCAUUCUGGCUAGAAUUCCUGCCGGUCGAUGGGGCACCUCAGAGGACUUCAUCGGGGCGACGAUCUUCCUAGCCAGCAAGGCCAGCCUAUAUGUGUCUGGCGAGAUUCUUACAGUGGACGGCGGAUGGAUGGGGAGGCUGCCUGAUAACGUUUCCCUGGCGGAGGGUGCUCUACUUGAGCCUCUCAGCGUUGCUAUUCAUGGGGUGCGGCGAUCGUUGCUUCAUGUAGGGGGCACGGCGUUGGUUCUUGGGGCCGGAGCCAUAGAAUUGUUGACCGCUGCAAUGCUCCGAGUCGAAGGCGCUGGCAAGAUAGUCAUUGCGGAUAUCGAUCAAGAAAGAGUUAUCUUCGCUACUCAGAACGAGUUCGCCGAUCUGGGCUUCGCAGUCCCCAGAAACAACGGCGUAACGAUCGAGGAGAAGCUAGCAAUUGGGCGAGAAACUGCGAAGUUGGCUGUGACCGCCGGUGAUAUAGAAGGAUUUGAUGCUGUUUUUGAGUGUACAGGCGUUGAGGCUUGUGUCCAGACAGCAAUUUACGCUACUCGCCCAGGAGGUAGGGUAAUGCUGAUCGGUAUGGGUAUACCAAUCCAAACCCUACCCGUCUCAGCAGCAGCUUUGCGUGAAGUCGACAUAGUAGGCGUCUUCCGCUACUGCCAGACAUAUCCGUAUGGAAUCUCCGUACUUGAAAACAAGGGUAAUCCUGAAGCAGAAGGGCUCUGUCGGGACCUACCAGCCCUCUCAAAGUUAAUUACACAUCGUUUCGUGGGACUUAACUCUAUCCCAAAUGCCUUUGAAAUGGCAGGCAAGGGCAUUGAUUCGGAGGGAAAGCAGGUGCUUAAGGUACUGAUUGAGAUGGAGGAGGAAUAA